UAGGAAGGAGGUUGACGUAAUUUCCGUAGGCUUAGACCGGGGAAAGUUGUUUCCUGAAGUUGACACUGCUCUGAUAAUCUCCCAGCAAAGCUCCACUGUCGGCACAAAAUGACUUCAGUGGUUUGCUCGGACUUUUGAUGCAGUUUUUUUUGGUCAGGCUCCCCGCCGGUGAACUCCGUCUCUCAUGGAGCUGUCUGACAGGAAAGCGACCUCUGAAAAUGAAGACACAGAGGAGAGCCUGCAGGCCCAGCUAGCCGAUUGCCGAGCUCAGGUGGAGCACUGGCAGGGCCUGGCGACGAUCUGCGAGCUGAGCAAGCAGGAGGAGCUGGCAGAGCUGCAGAAACAAUGUGACCAAGAGAUCCAGUCUCUGCAGGAGGCUCUCAGAGAAACAGCGGAGCAGUACGAGGCCAGGAUAGCUGCACUGCAGUCAGCACAGUGGAGGAGAGGCAGUGGACACACCCAGAUCAGUGGAGGCAAAGGUGGGGGGGAUGCAGAAGCCAGCAGUCAAGAGUCUCUGGGAUCUGUUGCUAACAGCCUUCCAGAGACAGAGACGAGGGCGCCGCUGGACAGAUCCAACAGCCAGCCGGCGGAGCUCGAGGGCGUGGCGGAGGGUCUUAUGACAGAAGGCUACUUCUCCAGGCACUGUGACACGGCCUCCCUCUCCUCCUUCUCGUUAGACACGCCCUCCCUGCCCAGGAAACCUCCCCCUCAGGAAGACACCGCCUCUCUGGUUUCCACAGGAACUUUGGUACCUGAAGCCAUCUACCUGCCGCCAGCUGGCCACCGGCUGGUCACGCACAGCGACUGGGACGCACUCAACGCUCAGGUGUCAGAGCUGCGUGAGGAGGUGAGUCGACUGCAGGCUGAGAGGGAGCAGCUGGAGAAAGAGCUGGACACACAGACGAGCCACACACACAAACAGGUGUCAUUGCUCCAGUCUCAGGUCCAGACUUCAGAGGCUCUCCUGCAGGACUUACAGAAGUCUUUUAGCCAAUCACAGAAUGCGGUCCAUAGCCGGCUGGCGGAGCUGUCCCUGUCCCAGAGGAAGAUGUGCAGUGAGCUGUGCAGACUGAAGGGGGAGGAGGUGGAGGAUGAAGGAGCAGACAGCAGCACGGUGCUUCCAGCAACACUACAGGGGGCGCACUGUGAAGAACGUCUUCGCAUUGAGAUCGUCAACCUGAGGGAGCAACUGGACUCCCGGACAGAAGAGAGCGACGUUUUAGAGGUGCAGCUGUCCAGCCUGAAGACGGAGACGGAGAGGAUCCAGGCUGAGAAGGACCAGCUGCAGACGGAGCUGCUGGCCUGCCGCACCGAGCUGGAAGCCCUGCGGGUGGCGCUCUCUCACCUGCAGAGCAACAACAAGGCCCUCACUAAUGACAAGGCGGCCUUGCAGCAGCAGUGUCUGGAGCUGCGGAGCCAGGUGAUCAGCCUGCGCUCCCAGGUCGACACCAGCCAGGCCGUACAGAGGGACUUCGUCCAGCUUUCCCAGUCCCUGCAGGUGAAACUGGAAUUAAUCCGGCAGGCUGAAAGUCUCGACCAGGUGAGGGAAAUCAUGGGAGAGAGCGUCGGUGAAGACAGCUCGCGGCCCACCGACGCCACGUGAGCCUCAGAACGCCACACUGGAACCAAAGAGCACGGAACAAGAUGAAGCGCUCCAGUAGUGACUGAUACAAGCUAUCCCUGAAGUACCCAUGGCAACAUGGAAUUAUGGACGCUAUGGUAGAAAGACCACUGGGAUUAUCAUAGGUAGUGCUGCUGCCACUGGGAGUGGGCUCAUUUCUUCAUAAAUGGAGAGAUUUACUUGUUUUGUUUUGGUUUGACAUGAUGUUUGGAUGUCAUGACAAAAUUGUUGCUUUGUGACCAAACUGAUCUGCAUAUGGGACCCUUUGAUGUAACAUGAAUAUUCCUGUGACACUAUAUUAAACUGCCUCACACUCCCUUCUUCUCUGAUAAGGUAACACUUAGGCUAUUUAUACCUGCUUUUCCUCCUCUUAUAUGCAUUUUUAUUAACUUCCAUUCAUAAAACUGACAUAUAUAAAACUGACACUUAACAGUAUUACACUCCAUUUUGCACUACAUCAGUAAUAAACAAACUAUAUAGUCAUUUUUCCAUGCAAAAGUAUUUUAGAUUUCCUUUUGUGACCAAAUAUGAGGGUUUAAGAGGCCACUGACCAGAUAAUAAUGAAGUCAAGCACAUAUCUCUGACAUAAAGUGACAGCACACUCACUGUUGUGAUGCCACUGCAGCUCAGACAUGAUUUUGUUGUGUAUCAUCUUUAAUUGGUCUCUUUCUCUUUGAGCGUUACAACACUUUCCCCAUUCUUAAUGGAACACAUAUCAUAGCUUUUAAACUUUGUGAUCAGAGGCCAAGUGAUAUUUUUAAAUCAAUGAAGGAAUGUGAAUUGUCAAAUUAUCUUUUGUGUUAAUACACAGUGAAAACCAA